CCCUAAAGACGACGCCAUUUUCAUCACUCACCACACUUCAUCAUCAUUAACUUAUCCGACGCAAGGCGGCAACAAGCCACCACAAUUCGCCGCCGGCGUCUCAGCUCCAUCAUCAUCAUCAUUAUUGACAAUAAAAAAUUCAGUAGCUCUGUUUUUUUUUUUUUUUUUUAAAAUCAAGACUGAAUCUCAAAUUUCUAGGACUCAGUUCCGAUGGAUGCUGCCAAUCCAAUGGACUCACUGGUGUCUAUUGCCGCGUCGAUCUCUACGCCAUCCACUAAACGGCGAAUCCAAAUCUUCAGCAAUGAAAUUCCGUUCCUUGUUACUAACAUUCCUAGUUAUUCAGAUUUGACCACUGAUUUUACAUCCCUCUUGGUAGAAACAAUAUUUAGAACAUUGUCCGUUUAUGAUGAUCGGGGAUCGAGAAAAGCUGUGGAUAAUCUGAUUGUAAAAGCUUUAAAUGAAGUUGCAUUUAUGAAAAUUUUUGCGGCAACACUAGUGCAGACAAUGGAAAAGCAGUCAAAAUUCCAGUCACAUGUGGUCUGCUAUAGACUUAUCAAGUGGUCUUGCCUUCUCUUAACAGAAAGUCGGUUUACCUCAGUAUCAAAGAAUGCACUACACAGAGUAGCUCAAGCGCAGGCAUCAGUAUUUCAUAUUGCUAUGCAGGGAUCAUUUCGUGUAAAAAGGGCAUCCAAGCAAUUACUUUUGCAUUUAUUCUCUAAGUCACCAGACAUUUAUUCAACCUACAUGGAGGAACUAAAAAAUUCAAGGAUCUCUUAUAAAGAAUGUCCUGAAUUUCUAUUGGUGAUUUUGGAGCAUUCAAGUGCAAAUUUGGUUCUAUUUGAUCACUGGAGGGAAACUUUUCUUGAUAUGUAUGUUAAGGCUGUUCUAAAUGCAAAGGAGAAGCCAGUGAAGGGCCUUAUUGAAGCAUUUCUUCCUUUGUUCCCGAAGUUGUCCCAUGAAGAUUUUAAGAAUGUUGUCAUCCCCACAUCAGUUAAAAUGCUGAAGCGGAAUCCUGAGCUUGUUUUGGAGUCGGUUGGGGUUCUUUUGCAAUCGACCAACCUUGAUUUAAGCAAGUAUGCAACUGAAAUCCUUCAAGUGGUUUUGAUUCAAGCUAGACAUGCAGAUGAAGCAAGAAGGCUUGCUGCCUUAGCCAUAAUAACAUGCUUGAGCCAGAAAUCCAGUAGUCCAGAUGCUGUAGAGGCAAUGUUUACUAUUGUGAGAUCUGUAAUUGGAGGUUCUGAAGGGAGAUUGACAUUUCCAUAUCAGAGAGUUGGCAUGAUUAAUGCAUUACAAGAAUUGUCAAAUGCUCCUGAAGGAAAAUAUCUCAGCAGCUUGACACCAACUAUAUGUAGUUUCCUUUUGUCUUGUUACAAGGAUGAUGGGAAUGAAGAGGUUAAGCUGGCUUGUUUAUCUUCUUUAGCUUAUUGGGCUGCAAGAUCUGCAGUUGCUAUUCAGCAAGAUGUAGUUUCAUUUAUUGCUUCUGGGCUCAAGGAGAAAGAAGCACUAAGGAGGGGUUUUCUUCGUUGUUUGCGAGUUAUAUGGAAAAACAAUGAUGCAGUUAUCCAGAUGUCAUCCUUGCUGGUGCCUCUUAUCCAACUAGUCAAAACUGGUUUUACAAAAGCAGCUCAACGUUUGGAUGGCAUUUAUGCAUUGCUAUUAAUGGCAAAAAUUGUUUCUCUUGAUGUUAAAGCAGAUGAGAUGGUAACCAAGGAAAAGAUUUGGUCUUUGAUAGCACAGAAUGAACCUUCUAUUGUGCCACUUUCUCUGGCAGCAAAAGUAUCACUUGAUGACUGUAUGGCUUGUCUUGACCUUUUUGAGGUGCUGCUUGUUGAUCAUCCUCAUAGAGUAUUGGAGAACUUUUCUGUCAGUGCAUUAUUGCAGUUUCUGCUGUUUUCGCUGUGUCAUCCAAAUUGGGACUUUCGGAAAGCAGCUUAUGAUUCAACGAAGAAAAUCCUUGCUGCUGCUCCACAAUUAUCUGAACCAAUUUUGCUUGAAUUUUCAAAUUAUCUCUCAGUUGUUGGAGAAAAGGUGCUUCUUCUGAAAAUGAGUGACUCUGAAAAUUUGUUGGAUCCUCAAGUGCCCUUCAUCCCGCCUGUGGAGCUUUUGGUGAAGGCUUUGCUUGUAAUUGGAUCUUCCGUUUUGGCAGCUUCCAAAUGUAUUUCUGUCGAACUACUCUGCUGCUCACAUCAUCCAUUCCUUAUUGGCACAUCGAAAAAAAAUAUAGUCUGGAAGAGGCUGCAGAAAUUUUUGCAGCUGCAUGGUUUUGAUGUCAUUGAACUUGUUGCGGCCAAUGUGGUUAAUUUGUGCAAGGGUUUGUUAGGUUCAAGGGGAUUGAUGAGUCCUUGUCAUCUUCAACAAGAUGCGGCUGUGUACUCUCUAUCAACUUUAAUGUCUAUAAUACCUGGACAUGCUUAUGCCGAGUUUGAAAAGUACUUAAAGAGUCUCCCAGAUUGUUAUGCACAUGAUACUCUUACAGAAAAAGAUAUCCAGAUCUUUCAUACUCCUGAAGGUAUGCUUUCCACAGAGCAAGGUGUUUAUGUAGCAGAAUCUGUUGCUUCCAAGAAUAUAAGACAGGCAAAAGGUCGUUUUCGAGUUUACGAGAAUGAUGAUAACUUGGGUGAGGUCAAAUCUAAUCAUUCUGCAAGAAGGGAGUCUUCUAACAAAGAUCUUGUUGGGACAAAGGAUACUGGCAAAUCACUGAAGAAACCAGACAAGGCAAAGACUGCAAAGGAAGAGGCACGCGAUUUGCAGCUCAGGGAGGAGGCAUCUGUACGUGAAAGGGUGAUGCUUAUACAAAAGAAUCUUUCAUUGAUGUUGAGGGCUAUGGGUGAGAUGGCUGUUGCUAAUCCUAUUUUUGCGCAUAGUCAGUUCUCUUCUUUGGUCAAGUUUGUUAACCCAUUACUCCGUUCACCGGUGGUAGGUGAAGUUGCCUAUGAGACCAUGGUGCAGCUUUCUAAAUGUUCUGCUACUCCUUUAUGUAACUGGGCACUUGAAAUUGCAACUGCAUUACGGGUAAUUGCAACUGAAGAUAUUAAUGCAGUGUGGGAUUUAAUUCCCCCUGUUGGUGAAGGGGAGCCCAGUGAAAGGCCAUCCUUGAGUCUCUUUGAGCGAGUUAGAAAUGCCUUAUCACUUUCAUGCAAAUCUGGACCUCUUCCAGUGGAUUCAUUUACUUUUGUGUUCCCAAUAAUCGAAAAGAUCCUGUCAUCUCCCAAGAGGACUGGACUACAUGAUGAUGUUCUCCAGAUAUUGUUCUUACAUAUGGAUCCUAUUCUACCCUUGCCUAGGGUUCAAAUGUUAUCAGUUCUUUAUCACGUUCUUGGUGUUGUUCCUGCUUAUCAAGCUUCAGUUGGGCCAGCAUUGAAUGAGUUGUGUCUGGGUCUGCAUCCACAUGAAGUUGCAUCUGCCAUGUAUGGCAUUUAUGCCAAAGAAGUUCAUGUAAGAAUGGCUUGCUUAAAUGCUGUAAAAUGCAUUCCUGCUGUCUCUAAUUGUUCCAUUCCCGAAAGUGUUGAGGUUGCAACGAGCAUCUGGCUUGCUUUGCAUGAUCCAGAAAAGUCUGUUGCAGAAGCUGCUGAGGGUAUCUGGGAUAAUUAUGGAAAAGAAUUUGGGGCUGAUUAUUCUGGGAUCUUUAAAGCACUUUCCCAUGUUAACUACAAUGUUAGAGUGGCUGCUGCAGAAGCAUUGGCUGCUGCUCUGGAUGAAAAACCUGAUACCAUACAGGAAUCGCUGUCCACUUUAUUUUCAUUGUAUAUACGUGAAGUUGGCUUUGGUGAGGACAACAUAGAUGCUGGCUGGCUUGGUAGACAAGGAAUUGCAUUGGCACUGCACUCGGUGGCAGAUGUACUUAGGACCAAAGAUCUUCCUGUUGUUAUGACAUUCCUCAUAUCACGAGCACUGGCUGACAGUAAUCCAGAUGUUCGUGGAAAAAUGAUCAAUGCUGGUAUCAUGAUUAUUGAUAGGCAUGGCAGGGAUAAUGUGUCCUUGCUCUUCCCCAUUUUUGAGAAUUACUUGAAUAAAAAGGCAUCAGACGAAGAAAAGUAUGACCUGGUCCGUGAAGGUGUGGUUAUAUUUACCGGAGCUUUGGCUAAGCAUUUGGAAAAGGAUGAUCCUAAGGUUCAUACUGUUGUAGAAAAGCUGUUGGAUGUGUUAAACACACCUUCUGAAGCUGUUCAGCGGGCAGUUUCAAGCUGCCUGUCUCCACUGAUGCAAUCAAAGCAGGAAGAUGCACCAGCUCUAGUUUCUAGGAUUCUGGAUCAGCUGAUGAAGAGUGACAAAUAUGGGGAGCGCCGUGGAGCAGCAUUUGGCUUAGCUGGUGUAGUAAAGGGAUUUGGAAUAUCUAGUCUGAAGAAGUAUGGCAUUGUGACAGUCAUGCGAGAAGGUCUAGCAGACAGGAACUCUGCUAAAAGCCGUGAAGGAGCAUUACUGGCAUUUGAGUGCCUUUGUGACAAGCUUGGAAGGCUCUUUGAACCGUAUGUGAUUCAAAUGCUACCGCUACUACUAGUUUCUUUCUCUGAUCAAGUUAUGGCUGUUCGAGAAGCUGCUGAGUGUGCUGCUCGUGCAAUGAUGUCUCAACUCACUGCUUAUGGAGUGAAACUUGUUCUUCCAUCUCUGUUAAAGGGACUUGAAGAUAAAGCUUGGAGAACAAAGCAAAGUAGUGUGCAGCUACUUGGAGCUAUGGCGUACUGUGCUCCACAACAACUGUCUCAGUGUCUCCCUAAGAUUGUUCCUAAAUUAACAGAGGUUCUAACAGAUACUCAUCCAAAGGUUCAGUCUGCUGGGCAGACAGCCCUUCAGCAGGUUGGAAGUGUGAUUAAGAAUCCUGAAAUAUCAGCGCUUGUUCCAACUCUGCUGAUGGGUCUCACAGAUCCAAAUGAAUAUACAAAAUACUCCCUUGAUAUUCUCCUGCAAACAACGUUUGUUAAUUCUAUUGAUGCUCCUUCACUUGCUUUGCUGGUACCAAUUGUACAUAGAGGGCUAAGAGAAAGGAGUGCUGAAACUAAGAAAAAGGCUGCACAAAUAGUUGGUAAUAUGUGUUCACUAGUGACAGAACCAAAGGACAUGAUUCCUUAUAUAGGAUUGCUUCUUCCUGAAGUGAAAAAGGUUCUUGUGGAUCCAAUUCCGGAGGUUCGUACCGUAGCUGCCAGAGGCCUUGGUUCUCUAAUAAAGGGGAUGGGAGAAGAGAACUUUCCUGACCUGGUUUCUUGGUUGUUGGAUACCCUGAAAUCUGAUGGCAGUAAUGUUGAGCGGUCUGGAGCUGCUCAAGGACUGAGUGAGGUGUUGGCUGCACUUGGAACCAAUUACUUUGAAGACAUCCUUCCUGAUAUUAUUCGUAACUGUUCUCACCAAAAAGCAUCAGUUCGUGACGGCUACUUGACGCUUUUUAGAUAUUUUCCGCGGUCAUUAGGUGUUCAAUUCCAGAACUACUUGCAGCAGGUUCUACCUGCCAUCUUGGAUGGCCUCGCUGACGAGAAUGAAUCUGUACGUGAUGCUGCACUAAGUGCUGGACAUGUUCUGGUGGAACAUUAUGCAACAACGUCUUUGCCACUGCUCCUUCCUGCUGUAGAGGAUGGCAUCUUUAAUGAUAGUUGGCGAAUUAGGCAAAGUUCUGUUGAAUUAUUGGGUGAUCUCUUGUUUAAGGUUGCUGGAACAUCUGGAAAAGCACUUCUUGAGGGUGGUAGUGAUGAUGAAGGUGCUAGCACUGAAGCACAUGGACGAGCCAUCAUCGAGGUACUCGGUAGGGAUAAGCGUAACGAAGUUCUUGCUGCUCUAUAUAUGGUUCGAACCGAUGUCAGCAUUACAGUCCGUCAGGCUGCAUUGCAUGUUUGGAAGACUAUAGUUGCAAAUACUCCAAAAACCCUGAAGGAAAUAAUGCCAGUUCUGAUGAAUACUUUAAUUUGUUCUCUUGCUUCAUCAUCCUCUGAAAGAAGACAGGUUGCCGGACGAUCGUUGGGUGAGCUUGUUAGGAAGCUUGGGGAAAGAGUGCUUCCUUUAAUCAUCCCUAUUCUAUCUCAGGGGCUAAAUGACCCUGAUCCUAGUAGGAGACAGGGUGUCUGCAUUGGUCUGAGUGAGGUCAUGGCCAGUGCCGGCAAGAGCCAGCUACUUAGUUUCAUGGAUGAACUUAUCCCUACUAUCCGGACGGCCCUUUGUGACAGUAUGCCUGAGGUUCGUGAGUCCGCUGGUUUAGCUUUUAGCACGCUCUAUAAGAGCGCUGGAAUGCAAGCAAUUGAUGAGAUCGUCCCUACUCUACUUCGUGCUCUUGAGGACGAUCAAACCUCUGAUACUGCACUUGAUGGACUGAAACAAAUUUUGAGUGUUAGAACCACGGCUGUGCUUCCUCAUAUCCUUCCUAAGCUUGUCCAUCCUCCACUUACUGCCUUCAAUGCACAUGCUUUGGGAGCUUUAGCAGAUGUUGCCGGUCCUGGUCUUGACUUUCACCUAAGUACAAUUCUUCCUCCUUUACUUGCUGCAAUGGCUGAUACCAACGAGGAUGUUCGCAAUUUGGCUAAGCAGGCUGCUGAAACUGUUGUAUUGGUUAUUGAUGAGGAAGGCAUAGAAUCUCUGAUAUCUGAGCUUGUAAAAGGAGUUGGGGACAGCCAGGCUUCAAUUAGACGAUGUUCAUCAUAUCUAAUAGGCUACAUGUUCAAAAAUAGCAAAUUAUACUUGGUUGAUGAAGCUCCAAAUAUGAUAUCCACCCUCAUUAUUUUGCUAAGUGACACAGAUUCCCAGACUGUUAUGGUUGCUUGGGAAGCUUUGUCAAAAGUAGUAAGUUCCAUACCUAAAGAGGUUCUUCCUUCAUACAUAAAGUUAGUCCGUGAUGCUGUAUCUACCUCUAGGGAUAAAGAACGUAGAAAGAAGAAGGGAGGUACUGUUGUUAUACCUGGACUUUGUCUCCCAAAAGCUCUUCAGCCAUUGCUACCAGUCUUUCUUCAGGGUCUUAUAAGUGGAUCAGCUGAACUAAGAGAACAAGCUGCUUUGGGUCUCGGGGAAUUAAUCGAAGUUACAAGCGAACAAACUCUGAAGGAGUUUGUAAUCCCAAUCACUGGGCCUCUGAUUCGUAUAAUAGGUGAUCGAUUCCCUUGGCAAGUAAAGAGUGCUAUUCUUUCGACUCUUAGCAUCAUAAUACGGAAAGGUGGGAUGGCAUUAAAACCUUUCCUACCUCAGCUUCAAACGACUUUUAUCAAGUGUCUGCAGGACAAUACAAGGACUGUCCGUUCAGGUGCUGCCCUUGCUCUUGGGAAGCUCAGUGCACUUAGCCCUCGAGUUGACCCCUUAGUGGGUGAUCUCUUAUCUGGUUUGCAGACAUCAGAUGUUGGAGUUCGCGAGGCAAUUUUGACAGCUCUGAAAGGUGUGGUCAAACAUGCUGGUCAAAGCGUGGGAAUUGCUGCUAGAACACGCAUCUAUACGAUUUUGAAGGAUUUAAUUUACAAUGAUGAUGAUCAGAUACGAAGCUCUUCUGCUAGCAUAUUUGGCAUUAUUUCUCAGUACUUGGAAGAUGAUCAAAUUUCUGAAGUGCUGAAGGAACUCCCAACUUCAGCAUCAUCUCCAAGCUGGUUUACAAGGCACGGAUCGGUUCUUACCUUGUCUGCCUUGUUAAGGCAUAACCCCACCAUUGUUUGUGCCUCUCCAUCAUUCCCAAUGGUUGUGAAUUCUCUGAUGAGUAACUUGAAAGAUGAAAAGUUUCCUGUUCGUGAAACAUCAACAAGAGCACUGGGAAAGCUUUUGCUUCAUCAAAUCCGGAGCGAUCCUUCUAAUAGCUCUGCUCAUUUGGAAACUCUAUCCUCUAUCAUAUUGGCAAUGCAAGAUGACUCGAGUGAAGUUAGAAGACGCUCCUUAUGUUCGUUGAAAGCCGUUGCCAAAGCUAAUCCAGCUGCACUUAUGAUUCAUGCUGCAACAUAUGGCCCGGUGCUUGCUGAGUGUUUGAGGGAUGGCAAUACUCCAGUGAGACUGGCUGCAGAGAGAUGUGCACUGCACGCUUUCCAGUUGGCAAGGGGUGCAGAAAAUAUUCAAGCUGCACAGAAGUUUAUCACUGGCUUGGAUGCUAGACGGAUAUCAAAGCUUUCUGAAAACAGCGACGAAAGUGACAACAGUGAAGAUGAAAUGGGAAGCGGAUCAUAAUUGAUGCUCUGCUGAGUUGCUGUUUCAAGAGAACAAAACCCUUCAUUUUGGAGCCUGGGACUUUCAUGGCAGUUUUUUAUAGCUAGAGGAACGUAUGCACAUGGACAUGCCGCAAAAGAGGUUCUUAUAUAUGAAGAAUUUUCAUUGCUAGGUCAUCCAUCCAUCUUGUAAUUGUUUAUAUGAUGAGAUUUUUUUUUUUUUUUAAACUCUCGAGACCUCAAAAUUUUGUAGAACAUGGUAAAAUAGUGAAUGGCUCAAGAUGACUGUCAUUUUUAAAUUGGUUAGUAGUAAGUGUUGGAUGUAUGUGGUGGUGUAAUACCCGAGUGGAAUUGAAGAGCCAGACUAGCCUGAAUGUGUAAGAUAGGAGGUAUUUUGUAUUUUAUAUGUGAAUGUACAGAGGAGCAAUACCAACUGGAUACAUGGUGUCAUUUAUUCUGAAAGAAUUCGAGACUGAAGGUAUCAGAGCAAUGGUUCACCGCAUCUGACAUUAUAUCUGACUGAUUCAUAAGAAAAAUUUUGUUAUGCUUGCUUUGUUCAGUAUUAUCUUGUUAUUCA